UUAAGCGGGCAGAUGUUCCACAGCACCUGAGUACCCUAUCAGAUUCCUUCAAAUAGCGAGUAGCCCGGUCCACUCCUCAGUCUACUCUCAGUCGACACCGCAAAACCAUGGCUCGUGCUCUGUUCAUCGUCCUCGCCCUGGCGGCGACUGCCUACGCCGACGAGUAUGCCUUCAACCAGGUGGACGAGAUCGUGGCCCGGCUCAACGUGUGCCUGGCCCCAGUGCCCCAGAGCCCGUCCAGCUUCUACACGCCGGCCGCGAAUUGCAUCAUGAAGGCUCGCUGGAGCCUGGACGACGGCAACACCAAGGAGUCCCUCUCCGGCUCCAUCGCCAAAUGCCUGGCCCGCCAGCGUGUCAACGCCGGCAUCGUGGCCACCGCCCAGAAGUGCCUCCGCGAGUCUCUCGCCAAGGACCUCAAGCCCGCCCUGGAGGAGUCCGACUACUCCGCUGAACAGCUGGACGAGAUCAGCAGCCGCAUCCGGGCGUGCCUGACCUCCAUCCCGGAGACCGAGUAUCACACCCCCGCCUCCGACUGCCGCAACAACGCCCUCAUCGAGGCUGGGGAGGGCUACCCCAAGGAGAGCCUGGUGGACUUCAUCAUCCCCUGCCUGAACGGCAAGAGCAUCGCUGCCCCGGUCGUGUCCGCAGCACAGCAGUGCAUCACCGCGGCUCUCGCCGAGCCCCUCUCUGCCUAGGGUCUCACCACCAUUGUCGAUAUCAACAAUAAAUGUUCAAAAUAA